AUGAGCUUCAUGCGUCGAGAUUCCAGUGGAUCCGUGACGUCUGCAGGAAUAAUGCAUCACCAGGGCAAGCUAGAUGUGUUCAUUAUCAAGGCGUACCGAGUUCUGUCACGCGGAGCGUUGAUCAACGGUGACGACGUUAGCAUCGCGAACACGGCAUCUAGUUCACCGAAAUCCGGUGUAGCAGUCAACGCGGUUAAUGGGAUGGGCCAGCAAGGCGAUUUGUCGCUUUUCCAGCGACUUUCACAGCUAUACAAUGCAACGAUAUCGACAAGUUUGCUGGACGACAAUUCGACUUCACCAAAAUCGGCUAUAGAACUGUACCAGCGAUUCCAACAGAUCAUGAAAGAAAUGGAACUGAGCUUCGAAAUAAGUCCUUACAGUAAAUACUUCCGGCGACUCGAUAACGGGCUGUGGCAGAUCAAAGACGACGCAGAGCUCGCGGGCGAUCAACUGUGGCAACUGGUGUCGGUUUCGAUCGCUACGGUGUACGACGUACGUACGGGCCAAAUGUUGAGUCAGCCACGCAAACGUGUUAACAGUUUGGCAGCGUCGUCGAAAAAUUCACCCUCUGAAAUGGUCGAUAACACACUGCCACAACAACUUCAAAAACGACUGCAAAAACUGCAACAGGACAGCAAAAACGCCAAUUCGGUUUCUCCGGUGAGCCCGUCUGUGUUUUCCCAGCCGGGAACUGCCAGCGGGAACGGGAACGGUAACGGUGCUCUUUCAGGCGCUGGCCCGGGUUCGCGAUCUAAACGCAAGUAUAUGGGCGUCGAGACGCCCGACGAAGAAGCGGUUGAGGAGCUGUUACAGCUCGCGACCAAGAAACAUCGUGCAGAUCUGCCUACAAUUGACGAAGACGCUGUGGCAACGGCAGCAGCUCCUGUACCGCUGCCGCAAAGCAGUCUCACCAUUCGCGAAAACGAACUCUACGAUCGACUGUUGCACGAAAAGGACGCUCGUAUCCAACAGCUUGAAAAGGACCUUGAUUCACAAUGCCAGGAGACGCUAUGGCUACGCAAGAUGCUGCUGGAAGACAUGGGCUGCGUCCGAAGCAUGCUGCACAAGAUGUCCAACGGCCGGUCCCGCGAUUGA